AUGCCAUCCCUCCUUCGAUAUCUCCCGUUUGCGCCCUCGACAACGCCGCUCCAGGCGUUGACGUAUCUCCUCGGCAUCUCGCUCUUCUCCAUCUCGUUUCUCGUCUUCUUGAACAGCUCCGUCUCGUUUGUCAUCACCGACUUGAUUGGGCAGAAGGAGGGCGUUGGCGAUGUCGUCGGAACGCUUGGUUUCGCCGACGAGCUCGUCGCGCUUGUCGCUUGCCCAGGAUGGGGUCUCGUGUCGGAUCGUCUGGGUGUGAGAUGGGUCGCUGUUAUAGGAUAUGCCAUCAUUGGCAUGUCCCUGGCACUGUUCGUUCAGGCGCGCGCCGUGUAUCCGCAGCUGUUGCUUGCGCGCGUCCUGUUCGCGGUCGGCGCUUCGGCAGCGGCUACUAUGGUGACUGCGAUUCUACCCUCCCUGACGGACGAUAGCACUAGCGACGAAGACGAGGCCAAUGCGAGGUUCAAGGCACUCCGAACAGCUCGCAACAGCGUUGCUUUCUCUGUUGAAUCUGAGGCGACGAUUACACAGGAUCGAUAUACACACUCCGUCUCUGAGAAUGGCUCGACGGACUCAAAUGACAAGGCUGGAAGACCAUCGAAGCUGGCAGGGUUCGUGGGACUCUUCACUGGAUGCGGUGCCCUGGUGGCACUGGUCCUGUUCCUCCCUCUGCCCGUGCGGUUUGGUGCGAUCGACGACGUGACACCGGCCGAUGCAGUUUCUUACAGUUUCUAUGUUGUCUCUGUGGUCGCCUUUGCCGUAGCCAUCUUUGUCGCUAUUGGUUUGCGCAAUAUCAAGGGCGAAGAAGGCAAGGGUUGGGGUGUGCUUCUCGGACUGAAGAAGGACCAUGACUCUGACAGUCAUGAACGACGAAAACUGGUGCCAUAUCUCCAUCUUAUGAAGGACUCGGUCUUUCUCGGAUUUACCGACUCCAGGAUCGCUCUUGGAUAUCUGGGCGGUUUCGUAGCCAGGGCUUCAAGUGUUGCAAUCUCCCUUUUCAUUCCUCUUUUUGUAAACACCUUCUUCAUCAACAACGGAUUCUGCAAGGGUGAUCCUCAUGACUCGUCACCCGAGCUCAAGGAGGAAUGCAGAGCCGCGUAUGUCCUCUCUUCCAUCCUAACGGGCGUGGCACAGCUCAUGGGUCUCAUCUGCGCCCCUAUCUUUGGAUAUGUUGCUAGUCGGACCGGCCGUAUCAACUCCCCCAUCGUCGUCUCGACUAUCUGUGGUAUCGUCGGCUACAUUAUCCUCCCUCAACUAUCUAGCCCGGAGAUCAAGAACGUCGACGGCCGAGGCGGGAGCCCUGCCAUCUUCCUCGUGGUCUCUCUCCUUGGCAUCAGCCAGAUCGGCGCCAUCGUCUGUAGUCUCGGCUCUCUCGGCCGCGGUGUUCUCGCUGUCGAACUACCCAGGACCGCACGUCAUGAACCUCUACUGCAGCCGGACGAGCACGAGUCGACCGACGACGAGAGCGAGCCGCUCAUGACUAUCUCGACGGAUCAGGAGGCGGCUUCGCGUAUCCGCCUUAAGGGCUCUAUCGCAGGCGUCUACUCGCUGUGCGGUGGCGUUGCUAUCUUGCUGCUCACAAAGCUGGGUGGACUCUUGUUUGACCGACUAUCUAACGGCGCCCCCUUUUACAUGAUGGCCAUCUUCAACGCUGUGCUUCUGGCGGCGACACUGGGGAUGGAUGCAUCCCGCACGUUUGCGCGGCGUUUUUAA